GAUCCGUUUGGAGAUCACUUCAUGACUGCGCAUAAAUCUGUUUAUAACUAUGAACCGAAAAGUUAUCUUCCAGAUUGGUUUAUACCAUGGUAGUAGGCAGACAGCACUAGACGGGGCUGUAAUUUGUUGUCAGAGUGUGUGUGUAUCUAGGGUCAUAAUCUGCCCACGCUUCAUAAGCUUCUUUAUCCCCGCCUAGCCGCUUCGACGCGCGUGGAGUUCAUUUCAGUGACAAGCCACAAUGAAGAGGGAUUGAGUAGUAUUCAGUACCAACUGUGUGGAUUAAACAACUUCCUAUAUCAACUCUUUUUUCUUCUUAAUUUAGCCUUUCUUCUUAAUUGGUUAGGUUAUUGGUUUAGUCCGGCUUUUUACGUCGCAGCGCAGCAGCGCAUGGGGACUUCGCUCAAAAAGCACAGCCACCGAGACUGACGUACAUUGCAAUUGUUCAUCAGUUCUCGGUGUGUAGGAGUCGGAAGGGAUAUUUGGAACAAACAAAAAAACUGGAAUAUAUCUACUUGAAAACUGGCGACGGUGAUUUUAGCAUGGAGAACUCGGGAGUAUUUUGGAUAUUCCUGGUAACAACUUGUUGUGCUGUCCAAGGAGUGUAUGGCCAGACUGUGGAGAUGGAUGCGGAAGGGCGAUCGGGGUACGUGGGCUCCAAGGUAGAGCUGCCCUGUGUCUUCGUCAACAGUGUUCCACCCGUCAAAAUAUCACAGGUGACCUGGCAGAAGCUGGUGAACGGCAGCAAGCAGAACGUGGCCAUCGCCAACCCCUCCCUGGGCGUGUCGGUGGCCCCGCCCUUCCGGGAACGCGUCAGCUUCAAGAACGUGGGCGUGCGGCGCCGCAUCCCCUCUCUGGAGGACACCACCAUCACCUUCUCCUCGCUGCGCCUCGCCGACGAGGCCACCUACAUCUGCGAGUACACGACCUUCCCCGCAGGCAACCGGGAGAACACCAUUAACCUGACUGUCUACGCUCGACCUUUGACCCAGAUGAGUCUGUCCACGCCCAACUUGGUGGCACGGUCAUCCAAUCGGAAGAUGCCGGUGGCCACCUGUCUCUCAGCCAAUGGUAAACCACCUGGCACAAUCAGGUGGGACACGCGUGUGCCAGGGGAGGCCACCACGCGACAGAUUCGGAACAGGGAUGGGACCAUCACGGUCCAGAGUGACUACAUCCUGGUGCCCAGCAGAGAGACCCAUCAGGAGGUCCUCACCUGCGUCACCACAUACAACGACGAGGUCUACACAGACAGUGUGACACUGGACAUUCAGUAUGAGCCAGAGGUGUCCAUAGAAGGGUUUGAUGGAAACUGGUACUUGAACAGAGAGAAUGUUGAGCUCACCUGCGUGGCUGAUGCCAACCCAGCUGUCUCGCUGUUCCAGUGGAAGCUCAUGAACGGCUCCAUAUCAAACAGCAUUGAAAUCCAAGACAAUGUCCUCAUCAUCAAAGGACCAAUCACGUACGAGCUGGCUGGCACAUACGUGUGUGACGCGACCAAUAGCAUCGGAACUCGAUCCGCCUCUAUUGAGAUCAACAUAGCAGAAAAGCCACUGCCUAUGGUCGCCCCCGGUGAUGUCAUCAGCGUUGUGGGCUUGCUGCUAGCUGGCGGGGUGACACUAGGCAUCGCCAUCACCGUGAUGGUGCUGAACAUGAGGAAACAGUGCGGCGGAGCGGCCGAAAGUGACUCGACAAACUCUUCUCCCUCUCUUAAAAUGGCCCCUUCGUCCGCCAAGAGGAGGCCGGAUGAGGACGGCCAGCGUUCCGGAAAGCUCUAUGAAGAGCUCCCAAACACAGCCGACUAUGUGAGCUACAGACUGGCCUGCAACAAGGAGGACUACCCAGAGCCUUACUCCCCUCCUAUCAACCCCCCUCUCUCCCUCCUCCCCGAGCACCCUUACCCUCUCCCGCAACCCACCGCGACCUCCCCGUCGACCAACAACAUCUCGAAAAACACCUUCUCGUCGCCCAACUCCUCCCAGGUGUUCAGAUACCCUUCCCUCCCCAUGCUCUCACCUCCGCCAGGCGUGGCCCCCUACACCUUCCCCAAAGAGCAGUACGUCUGAAGUGAGCUCUCCCUCGGCCCAUGUAUCUCAGUCCUUGACUGGUCAACCGUAAACCCCUUGCGCCUCAACCCUCCAAUCCUUCAAAACGUACCCCUUAACCCUCACCUAAGCCCUCGAUCCUUGAUCUGGAAUUGAAGACGUGGUGACCAGAACACAAAGACUGGUUUGGGGUCUACUUUCCUCCUGACAGUCCCCUCAGGACUCUGAACUUGUGUCUGGCCAGGGGACCUGUAUCUGGGACACAACCUCAUCCCUGUUGUGGCUCACUAGACGGUUACAGUUAUAAGGCACCAGACAGGGAGCACACAACACUGACAAGACAAGAGAUGAACUGCCAUUUUAGAGUUGAAGGAUUAUCUCCCGAAACUCGGAAGCAUUCCAACAUGCUAGUCGUCAUCCAGUGAGACGGUGGCAUUGUUGGGUCAGCUUCUUGCCAUCUGCCUGCAGGUUGACAGAAUAGUUCCAAGUGUCGAAGCCACAGACACACUUUAUGAUUAUUUCCGACACAUUCAAAGUUUGGAACUGGUUUGAGUACAGUUGGAAGAUCUCCAUUGCCAUCUUCACAGUGUACGUGUACUGGAUGAAAAGUCAUCCUUUUGUUCUUUAUCUCCAUCUGUCCCUCUUUCUCUCUGUAUUUCUUUUCUCGAUUACUUACAGUAUCAAUCCAGCCACAGUGAAUAAUCGGAUUAGAGGAGAUCUGACGACCAUACCAGUUUGUGUUGCUCUCAGUACCAAUGUGAUGCAUUUUGUGCUUUUGUACCAUGUCAUGUUUUUAUGGGCAGCAACAGUUUUUAUUUUAUGUUCAUAUUUUAUGCGACACGGUUUUGGUUUGCGACCAUGUUCUGUCAUUGUUGAGAUGUUGUGUUCUGUGAGUUGGAAGUGUGGAACAGCAUGGUAUGUGUAUACUAGUGAUUGCAUGGUCUACAUUUAGCUUCAAAAACUGUUUUUAUGUUAAAGCAAGACUUGAACCUU